UUGGGGGGGGGGGGUUCGGGGAGGGGGAUAAAGGAGGCCUGGGAGGGGCCUUCUGCCUUAACCCUCUCGGACCCAGACGGGACUGGGCGGGAACUCUGCGCCCCUCUGGGCUCCCAUCAUGGCCCCCGAGAGGGGCUGACGCUUCCGUUCCCGGUGCAGGUGAGAUCCCGCCCGGAGGAAGGCGGAGGGAGGCGCGGGCCUGGGACCAGGAGGCGGAGGCGGGCCCCGAACCGAGAGGAGCGGGUCCCGGGCGGAGCCGGAGCCUGAGAGCGCGCCCGCCCGGUUCGGCAAGGACCGCGAGGGUGGGGGGCUCCCCUCGUCUGAGAGGGUCUCCUCUGCCCUCCUCUGGGCUGUGUGAGCUCUGUGGGCCUGGAAGGUGGUGCCGGAGAGGAAGACCUGCGCCUGUCCCCGCCCUGCGUGAGCUGGCGGCCAGCGGCCUCAGUUAAGGACCGAGGCUCAGAAAGAUGCCGGUGCUGAAGCAGUUGGGCCCCGCGCAGCCCAAGAAGCGGCCGGAGCGCGGCGCCUUGUCCAUCUCCGCGCCGCUCGGCGACUUCCGGCACACGCUGCACGUGGGGCGCGGCGGCGACGCCUUCGGGGACACCUCGUUCCUGAGCCGCCACGGCGGCGGGCCGCCCCCUGAGCCCAGAGCGCCGCCCGCGGGGGCGCCGCGUACCGCGCCGCCGCCCGCAGUGCCGCAGGCCUCGCCGCCCGCUCUCCGCGCGCCCGCGCCCGCCGACCCGCUGCUGUCCUUCCACCUGGAUUUGGGGCCCUCCAUGCUGGACGCGGUGCUGGGCGUCAUGGACGCGGAGCGCCCAGGCGCCGCUGCCGCCAAGCCGGACGUGGACCCCGGCCCCGGGGCGCAGCACCCCCGGGCCCGCUGCCUCGCCAACGCGGGCCUCGAGCCGGACGACGUCAUCGGCCUGUAGGCACCCCCAUUCCCUGCGCUCUUACCGCCCAGCGCCCCACUUCUUUCUACAUAAACCGACAAGGUCUGUG